GCUUGCUUCAGAAGUUCUCUGCGCGUCAACGGCACUAAUUCAUCGGAUAGCCAGGGACGAUGGGAGUAUUUUGGUGCUUGAACCGGCUGAUGGCAUGGCACCAUCACAGCUAUAGAAGGCGCAACUCAUGCGAUGUCAUGCACUUUUCUGAACGCUUCGAGUUCAGUGCAUCCUAGUCCCCUCUGUCCAAGCGCAGAUAUGUCCACGGCCUUGCGCAACAUAGGGCUUAGGGCUAUCCAUAGAGCGAAUUCUGUGUCAUCCGAUGACAAGGAAAAGCUCAGCGCGGUGGUUAGCACAGUGCAAGGACUACCACUCGGCGCACCCGCAGAGCAACGUCCUCGUAACUAUUUCUGGCGACGAUCUAAACGUGACUUGGACAGCACCGCCACACAGCCCUCUGUCUUUGACGACCCUGCUACUUUGGAACUGUAUCGUCCACCGGCUGCCUACGAGAAUGCACAUCGCUUCGACCCAUUGGCGCGUUGGACAUGGCGCGAGGAAUAUCGACUCGUUCGCAAGAUAGACCUGCUUAUCAUGUCGUGGGCAUUCAUCAUGUUCUUCGGCUUGCAGAUUGACCGCGGGAAUAUCUCGCAGGCAAAUACAGAUAACUUCCUAGAAGACUUGAACAUGACGACUGACGAUUUUGACUUGGGAAAUACGUUGAAUCUGCUGUGCUUUUUGUCCGCAGAACUUCCGUCGCAGCUUGUCUCUAAGAGAGUUGGCCCUGAUGUCUGGAUCCCAAGCCAAUUAGUGCUGUGGAGCAUUGUCUCGUUGUCUCAAUUCUGGCUGAGUGGACGAGGGUCCUUCUUAGCAACUCGGUGCCUUUUGGGCCUUAUGCAAGGUGGUUUCAUUCCCGACAUGAUUCUGUAUCUGUCAUACUUUUACACAAGAUCUGAAUUGACCAUCCGCCUGGCAUGGUUCUGGGUGUCGAAUAGCGUCGCACAGAUCGUGUGCGCGUUCCUUGCUGUUGGGAUUCUUCGUCUAGAUGGGACGAACGGUAGAGCCGGGUGGCGUUACCUUUUCCUGAUUGAAGGAGGCUUCACGUGCCUUGUCGGGAUCAUCGCGUUCUUCAUGAUGCCACCCAGUCCCACGCAGACAAAAGCUUGGCAUCGACCCAAUGGUUGGUUCACUGAACGGGAAGAAGUCAUCAUGGUCAAUCGUGUUCUCCGUGAUGACCCCUCAAAAUCUGAAAUGCACAAUCGGGAGGGAUUGACCCCGAAGAAGAUCUACGGGGUCUUGAAGGACUGGAGGAUGUGGCCGAUCUACAUUCUCGGUCUUGUCUGUCUCAUUCCUGUGACUCCUCCGCAAACCUACCUGACGUUGGUGCUGCGGGAUAUCGGCUUCGACACCACUCAAUCGAAUCUCCUCAGCAUACCGUCUACCGUAUUGGGCAUCAUCAUGAUGUGUCUGUCUUGCUACUUCAGUGAGAUGGUAGACAGUCGUGCACUAGCGUGUCUGGUUAUGCAGAUAUGGGCACUUCCCCUGUUAAUCGCUCUCGAGACGUUCACAGCACGGACUUCACCAUGGGUCUGGUUUACUGUCGUCACGCUGGUCACCGGCUAUCCGGACAUUCACCCCGUUCAAGUGGCUUGGGCAUCGGCCAACUCAUACAGCGUAGGCACGCGUACGGUAUCUGCCUCGCUGUACAACAUGUUCGUUCAGGCGGAUGGAAUAGUUUCUGCAUACAUCUAUAGGUCGAGCGAUUCGCCUCUAUAUAGACGAGGAAAUAAGGACUUGAUAGCAAUCGCGGUCAUGAACAUCGUGCUAUACGUAUUGACUCACUACUUCUAUCGCACAAUCAACCAUCGUCGAGAGAAGAAAUGGAACUCGAUGACCGCAGAGGAACAAGAAAAAUACCUCGAGACUACCACGGAUAAGGGAAACGAGAUGUUGAACUUCCGUUUCGUGUAUUAGCGCACAUUCCUUUCACGGAGGAACAUCGGCGC